AUGGCAGAAGCUCCCAACGACCGUGUUCUUACUGAAACUGUGCGCGCGCCCCACAACGCCGUGAAGGCUGAGAAGUUGUCGGUGUACCUGGGUUCUCGGUGUCUCCUGACGAACACGGAGCUGAAGAUCGCAGAGCGCCCAAAGCAUGGCACGUGCUAUGGCCUGGUCGGCUGCAACGGAUCCGGGAAAAGCACGCUUCUGCGGCUCAUGGCGGAGAGGAAGCUGCCGGUGCCUGAGACCUGGGAUGUGUUCCUGCUCGGGCAGCACAUCCCACCUGCAGAAGAUCAAUCGGCCAUUGAGGAGGUCCUUUCCGUGUGCCCUCGGAGAAGUGCCUUGCUGGCGGAAGCCGAGAGGCUUCAUGGAAUUCUUGAAGCUGGUCCAGAGCCAGGGCUUCUGGAACAGCUGCAGAAGGUCCAUGCGGACCUGGCUGAAUGCCAGAGCGCCCGCUCAGAGGUCCUCCACAUCAUGCAGAACCUGGGCUUCCGGGCGGAAGCACAGGCCUCUGCCACGCCGGCAGUCUCCACGCCGCUGCCGCAGCUCUCAGGGGGCUGGAGGAUGAAGGUCGAGCUUGCCAAGGCGUUGUGGUUGCGGCCAAAGCUACUGCUGCUCGAUGAGCCAACCAACCACCUGGACUUCCAUGCCCGAAGCUGGCUCAUGCAGCAGCUGGCAGACUAUCCCCGCACUGUUGUGGUGGUUUCGCACGAUGUGGAGUUUCUUCACGAAGUUUGCAAGGACAUUAUCUGGAUGACCGAGCAAAGGUUGGAGGCUUUGCCGGGCAAAGUCGUGUCGCAGGAGGACCUGCUGCGAAUGCAGCGCCGGCGGCCGCUCCGCUUUGAGUUCCGGGUGCCCGCGGGAGAGGAUCCAGUUUCGCACGGGAUUUCCUUGCACAACGUUGACUUCACUUAUGGAGAUGGCACAGGGCUCUUCGUGGAGUCCCUCCGCCUAAGCGGCUGCAGUAGAGCUGUGCUUCUGGGCCAGAACGGUGGUGGAAAGUCCACUUUCUUGAAGCUUUGCGCAGGGCACCUGCAGCCAGGCCGAGGGGCUGUCGACCGAACACCUGGGCUGAGGGUUGGCCACUUCUCGCAGCUCAGCCAGGACCUGGAUGCCAUGUCAGACCUUACCGCUGCAGAAUUCCUGCUUCAACAGUGUGGUGAGGAGCUGGCCCAACACGCCGGCUCUACCCACACAUCCCGCCUCCGUGCGGCUGUGAACCAGGCUCCUGAGGCUGCUGCGAAUGGCCCCCGCGCCGCGAAGUCCAAGGUCUCUGAGAAGCGGCUCUUGGAGGUGGCGCGUGGUGUGUUGAGCAACUACGGUCUCGAGGGGGACGUGGCGACAAAGGUCCCCGUGGACUGUCUCAGUGGUGGGCAGAAAGCUUGCCUCAAGCCUCUUGGAUCAUUUGCAAGUGAUGCAAGUGCAAGCACCCCACACACAGACAUGACGUGGCAAUGA